CGACCUAAAGCCGACACGCUGACAAUGAUUAACACACACCGGGGGUAAAGAGCGUCUCCACCGCUCAGGACUCAUUCAACACUUCUUCACCUCGUCUGGAAAUCACCUGAUCCGCGAGGGCGCUCCAGUCUGACGCAACAAUGGACUCGUCCAGCGACUCGCCUCCGAGUGAAAUCUUCGAGUGUGUCGCGGCCACGCUGGGCUGCGCUCCGACCUCCAGAGACGUGGCGGCGUACCUCGACCAGCACGACGAGCUGAGACACAUGAGGGACGAAUUCCUGGUUCCCAAAAUCUCUGAUCUGCCUCCAUCUGCUACCUCACCUGACGGCACUGAAGAAUGCAUUUACCUGGUGGGAAACUCACUGGGGCUUCAGCCCAAAAAGACCAGGCAGUACGUGGGAGAGGAGCUGGACAAAUGGGCCCAGACGGGCGUUCACGGUCACACCGAAGGCUCUCGACCUUGGGCCUGGGCCGAAAACAACAUCGAGGAACUCAUGGCAAAUGUCGUCGGAGCUAAAGCCGAGGAGGUGGCGCUCAUGAACGGCCUGACGGUGAAUUUACACCUGCUGCUGCUCUCUUUUUACCGACCUACAGCGACGCGUCACAAGAUCCUCCUGGAGGACAAGGCCUUUCCUUCAGACCACUACGCCGUGGAGUCUCAGGUCCGUCUGCGAGGAUUUGACCCCCAGCAGAGCGUCCUGCUCAUGACGCCCCGACCGGGGGAGGAGACUCUGAGGACGCAGGACAUCCUGGACCUGAUUGAGCGUGAGGGUGACUCCGUCGCCGUGGUGAUGUUCAGCGGAGUGCAGUACUACACCGGCCAGCUGUUCGACAUGGCCGCCAUCACCGAGGCCGGCCACAGGAAGGGCUGCUUUGUGGGGUUCGACCUCGCCCACGCAGCGGGCAACGCCGAGCUGAAGCUGCACGACUGGGGCGUCGACUUUGCCUGCUGGUGCUCCUACAAGUAUUUGAAUUCUGGUGCUGGCGGCAUCGCCGGGGCGUUCAUCCACCAGAAGCACCAACACACCGUCAGACCAGCGCUGUUGGGAUGGUGGGGACACGACUUAAAAACUCGCUUCAAGAUGAACAACGUGAUGGAGCUGCAGCCUGGAGUCAGUGGCUUCAGACUGUCCAACCAGCCCAUCCUGCUCGUCUGCCCCCUGCAGGCCAGUCUGGAGGUGUUCAGCAAGACCAGCAUGAGGGCGCUGCGCAGGAAGUCCAUCCUGCUGACGGGCUACCUGGAGUUCCUGCUCCAGCGGGACGCCGCCUGUCCCGACGUCAGCAUCAUCACGCCGAGCGACCCGCAGCAGAGGGGCUGCCAGCUGUCGCUCCGCUUCUCCGUCCCCAUCAGACCCGUCUUCCAGGAGCUGGAGAGGAGGGGCGUGGCCUGUGACAUGCGGGAGCCCAGCGUGCUGCGAGUCGCUCCGGUGCCGCUCUACAACUCCUUCAGCGACGUUCACCGCUUCGUCGAGGCGCUGGGAGCGGCGCUCGCCUCCAGCCGCCCAACGGCACACGACUGAAACACAAAGCAGCAGAGACUGAAGGAGCUGUGGAGACCACACGCUGCUCACUUUGGGUUUGGGACCACAGUCAUGCUUUCUUUUCUUUAUUUAACAUUUUAGUCAUCAGUCUGAGUCUACACUCAUGUACGUGCAUGGGUUUACUGAAGGUUUCAUAAAAGCUGCAGUGAGAGUCUCAAGUGUGAUUUCUCCUGAGUCAAAGCUCCUUUUCCACAUGAGAGUGGAUGAGCUCUGCAGCAGGACGUCAGCUGACAUGUUGCUGCAGAGCUGAAAGCUCCAAAUCUUUACAGGCCAACACUUUCAGCAACUCUCACAUUUGGGUGGAGGAUUUUACUUCAAGCCUGGAUCAGUUACUUUGUGACAAAUCACCGUUACACACAGAGGGUCUGAAUCCAACUAAAGGCUGCACAUCAAACAACCAAUCACCUCAAGGGUUUUUGUCAAAUCCCCUCCACACACUGAGCUCAGCUCUCACAGGGAGUCCACUGUCAUCAGGGAGUUGCAUGUACAGUAUAUAUACAUGUAUAUGAUGCUUUUUAAAGGAAACCUUGACCUUGGCUGUGGCGUUGUGUUGUCUACUUCCCUGCACCGCUAAACCACAGCACUGGAUUUGUAUCUCUCCGUUCACUUCCACAGCACAACAGCUCCCAAAAUAAAAUAUCACUUUUAGCACAGAGACCAACACCAGCAAACAAGGUUAUGGCAUUAUGAACAACAGCGAGUCAUGGUACCCACUUUCUGAAAGAAAUUAAACUCUCUUUUCUUGUCUGAAUUGGACAGUAGAUCCGGCACAUAGCAUCUGCACCGUAACCUUCCCCCGGGAAGAAAUGACCUCAUCGUACUUUCACAAAUAACUGUAAUGACUCCAAAACAAAAUGGGUACCAGAGCUUGUUAUAGUGUCUGCAGUGAUGACCCUGUUUGUUGCUGGUGGUUUCUGUGCUAGACGUCUCAUUUUGGGAGCAAAAUAACAAGAACAAGUCCCGCUCCCUAUUUGGGAACCUGGCUGGGUUCAUAUGGAACUGAAUGGAGAGACAAAUCCAAAUUACUGUGGAAGGAUAACCCAACACUAAAGCAACAUCAUGGCUUCUAACUGGGUGGACUAUCCCUUUAAAACAAAAUGUGGAUGCAGAUUUCAUGUCUAUGUUUGUGUUUGUGAGUCUCACCUUUUAUGUGUCGUGGUGCGUUCAUGAGCUGCUGGGAAGGUCCGACAUCUGACACUCAGCCAAGUCGCCCUCAUUUGGCCGUUAAAACCUGGAAGAAAAACAAAAACCAGCACAGAGUGAAGGAGGAGAGCUGCUUUAUUUUGGUGGACGUUCACAGCUUUACUGACUGACUGA